AUGCGUGAGAUUGUCCACGUUCAGGUCGGCCAAUGUGGCAACCAAGUCGGUUCCAGCUUCUGGUCUACCGUCUCCAAGGAGCACGGCAUUGAUGGCAGCGGCGCAUACCACGGUACCAAUGACCAGCAGCGUGAGCGUAUCAACGUCUACUUUGCUGAGGGUGGCAACGACAAGUACGUCCCCCGUGCUGUUCUGGUCGAUCUUGAGUCCGGCCCCCAGGAUGCCAUCCGCGCCGGUCCUCUUGGCCAGCUUUUCCGCCCCGACAACUACGUCGCCGGUGAGGCCAGUGCCGGAAACAACUGGGCCAAGGGUCAUUACACCGAGGGUGCCGAGCUCGUUGAGGAGGCCAUCGACGUUGUCCGUCGCGAGGUCGAGAACUGUGACCACCUUCAGGGCUUCCAGCUGACGCACUCUCUGGGUGGUGGUACCGGUUCCGGUAUGGGUACCCUUCUUCUGUCCAAGAUCCGUGAGGAGUUCCCUGAUCGCAUGAUGGCCACCUUUUCCGUCAUGCCCUCGCCCAAGGUUUCCGAUACCGUUGUCGAACCUUACAACGCCACUUUGUCUCUUAACCAGCUCGUCGAGAACUCUGACGAGACUUUCUGUAUCGACAACGAGGCUCUGUACGAUAUCUACGAGAGGACCCUCAAGAUCGCCGACCCUUCGUACGCCGAUCUCAACUACCUGAUUUCCACCGUCAUGGCCGGUGUGACGACAUGUUUCCGAUUCCCUGGACAGCUCAACUCGGAUCUGCGAAAGCUCGCUGUUAACAUGAUUCCUUUCCCCCGACUUCACUUCUUCAUGGUCGGAUUUGCCCCUCUGACUGGUCGCAACAUGAAGACCUUUUCGCACGUUACUGUGCCCGGUCUCGCUCAGCAGAUUUUCGACAACAAGAACAUCAUGGCCGCUGCUGAUUUCCGCAAUGGACGAUACCUCGCUUGUUCCGCCAUCUUCCGUGGUCGUCUCUCAACAAAGGAGAUCGAGGACCAGAUGCUCAAGGUUCAGACCAAGAACUCCGAGUACUUUGUCGACUGGAUCCCCAACAACGUCCAAACUUCCGUCUGUUCCGUGCCUCCCCGCGGCCUCGACAUGUCCGCCACUUUCGUCGGCAACUCUACCGCCGUCCAGGAGAUCUUCAAGCGUGUCGACGACCAGUUCUCAGCCAUGUUCCGACGCAAGGCUUUCUUGCAUUGGUACACAAGCGAGGGUAUGGACGAGAUGGAAUUCACCGAAGCCCAGUCCAACUUGCACGACUUGGUUUCCGAGUACCAGCAAUACCAAGACGCCGACAUUGACGACGAGGCUGAGGAGUACGAGGAGGGUGAGCCCGAGGAGUACGAGGGUUGA